UCUAUACAGAGGCGGGCUCAGUAACCAUGCAGCCUCUUCAAUACAUCUAGACAAUACUGACUUAUUUUAUGCUUUUCAAACAUAGAAUAUUAAAACACUUGAAAACACAUGUAAAUUUAUAAAAAUACUAUUAAUUAGACGCAUGUUUAUCAAAUAAAACACUCUGUUAAAGUUUCACGUACUUGGACUAAAUGUGGCCGAGAAGCAAAAUGCAAUGCAUUGGCUUAAUAACAGUUCACUUGCUUGGUUCCUGUCUUGGCGCUGUAGCAAAUACGAUACCAAGCACUACCUCCCCUCCAGAUAGCACCAGUUCAACGAUACCGUCGACCGGAAAGCGAGUGGAGAGGUCAGCAGGAGACGACGGGGCAUAUCUCGAUUAUUUGCCCAAUGUUGGAAACUACAAUUCCAACGGUAGACUAGAUAAUAGUGACAACAGAAUGGAACCGUUCUCUGUAUUGAGUGGUUGGGAUGCUCAACAUACAGAUCAACUUAACUCAGAGCAAAUGUCUUGGGCGCUCGAACCCCAGGUUGGAAAGCGUCCUAAACGUCUGCACGGAGAUGCACGGCUGGUUGAGAGUGCGCUAGAAGCAGUAGGUAGAGAAGCAGCGAGCACUGUUCUUGCGCGACAACAACGAACUGGAAGAAUGUACGAUGUUCCCCAAAUAGAAUGCCCGCGGUCUCCUGACCACACAGAGAGGUUUGCAUGCCCACGUCCUGACCGGCGAGGAAGGUUCCGAUGUAUAGAUGACCGAAGCCUCUGUGACGGUUUCUAUGAUUGCCCGGGCAAAGAAGAUGAAUCUCCUGAACACUGCUUAUUCUUCAAAACGACAAAAGCACAUCUGGACAUUCUAGCAGAAGCGCUUCUACGAUGGGCACGUGGACGUUGAGUGCACUCCAGCUGUGAACAGUGUUGAGAAGAAAGGACUUUUAAAUUUACAGUUUGUGACCAAACAAACCGUAGAGGCUGUGUGAGGACUAUUUUACAAAAAUCAGAAAUUACAAAAAUUGAAUUUAAAAUUUUCUCCUCUGCUACUCAACCUUGAAAAAUAAACUUCAGACCAAGAUUAAAUUGGAAUUUAAUGAUAUCGUUAAGAAUUGAUGUUUAUCUUCUCUGUAUCUCUUCAUAAGUCCGCCAAACAUGUAUAUCCGGCCUAUAAAUAUAAAACCGGUAUUCUGAUUUCCAACCUGCAUGGAGUAGAAAUAAACCUGGUUUUUUGUCAGGACCCUAAACUUGAGUUCAAACCAAGUCUAGUCUACAAAAGAGAAAAACCGGUUUGGCAGCCCACAGCUUAACUGGUACUUCCCGACCCAGAUAAAAAAAACUGGUAUUUCAUCUGUACAAACUGUACAGCGUGAAUAAAACUGUUUCCAGCCUAGUCGAUAUAAAUCGUCUUCUGGAGAGCCAUGGUUCCCAAUAAGCCAUGGUUGAACUUGAAGUGAAACUUUUGUAUAGUUCUGUUAAAAGCCAUGUGUUUCCUAUUGUUAAAACUGGUUUCUGAGAAGAGCUGAUGUUUUUUAACUUCGUUUCAUUGUACCAAGCUGCAGACCCUGAACUAGAUAAUCAGCGGUUGGCUUACAGGUUUCUAUAUUUGAGAGACCAGCAUAAUCGCAGCUCUUGGUAAUCCAUGUUCUUGGUGAUCCUCGUUCUUGGUGAUCCUCGUUCUGUGCGAUCCUCGUUAUAUCCUUCUCCUCUUCUUUUUAAAUACUCUAAUACGUUAAUAUCUACAGAAUCUCUAAAUGCAAUAAAGCAAAGAGAGAGAUUCUAAUGGUAAAGAUCACUUAAAACCUGCCUAAACAAUAUGCUUAAUAUAUUCUUGAAUUGGACUAUUAGACUUUUUUAAGUAACCCUUUAUUUUUAGAGGGACAUGUUCGAUUCACAAUGGGUUUCUUUAGUUUUUUUAUCAUCUAAACCGGUGUGCACAAUUCAUGUACAGGUACAGUGUAUGUACAUGUACACAUAUAGUGUACAUGAUAUACCUCACUUUUCAGCUAGAAA